GUUGGACCUAAAUUUGCACCUUUCGGCUGAAAAAACGGAAAAAAGAGGUUAUCAGAAAAAAUACCCCCAAAAAUACACCAACACACACUAGAUCUGUUCUAUCUAUUGCGCGGCCAUGGAUGAGAGUUUGGUGAAGAGGUUGGAAGCCGCGGUGGCUCGCCUGGAGACGCUCUCCGCCGGGGGAAUCCCGCGGAGUUUCGCGUCGGAGGACGGCGGCGAUGCGUUCGGGGCGGAUCCGUCGAUCGUGGCGUUCGACGAUCUGAUUUCCCAGCACGUCAAUCGAGUCACGAGCGCCGCGGAGAAGAUCGGGGGACAAGUUCUGGACGUGUCUAAGGUCAUCGCUGAAGCUUUUGAUGUGCAGAAGGAGCUUCUGAUCAAAAUCAAGCAAACUCAGAAACCUGAUAAUCCAGGACUGGUGGAAUUCCUUAAGCCAUUGAAUGAUGUGAUGGCAAAAGCUUCUGCGUUGGCUGAGGGAAGGCGAACAGAUUAUUUUCUUCACGUAAAGACUGGUGCAGAUAGUUUGGCUGCUUUGGCAUGGAUUGCUUUCUCAGGGAAAGGCUGUGGUAUGAGCAUGCCCACUGCACAUGUAGAAGAAAGUUGGCAGAUGGCGGAGUUUUACUGUAACAAGAUCCUUGUGGAGUAUAGAAACAAAGAUGCAAACCACGUCGAGUGGGCAAAGUCUCUAAAAGAGCUCUAUCUACCUGGCUUGAGGGACUAUGUGAAGAGUCACUAUCCGCUGGGCCCCGUUUGGAAUGCCACGGGUAAAAUAGCAGGAUCUACCAAAGCAGCCACAGCUCCCACUCCCAAAGCUGCUCCUGGUGCCCCUGCCCCUCCACCCCCACCAGCUGCUUCACUCUUUAGCUCUGAAACAAAUCAGCCUUCAUCAUCACGGCCCAAGGAAGGCAUGUCUGCCGUGUUCCAGGAAAUUAGCUCUGGAAAGCCGGUUACUGCUGGUUUGAGGAAAGUCACGGAUGAUAUGAAGACCAAGAACCGUGCAGAUAGAUCUGGCAUGGUUACUGUUUCUGAGAAGGGAAGUCGUACUAGUUCACCUGCUUUCUCUAAGACAGGUCCACCGAAAUUGGAGCUUCAGAUGGGUCGUAAAUGGGUGGUUGAGAACCAAAUUGGUCGAAACAAUUUAGUCAUUGAUGAUUGUGAUGCUAAACAGUCGGUGUACAUCUAUGGAUGCAAAAAUUCAGUUCUCCAGAUCCAUGGCAAGGUAAACAACAUUACGGUUGACAAGUGCACUAAGAUGGGUCUCGUGUUCAAGGAUGUUGUGGCAGCUUGUGAGAUCGUCAAUUCGAGUGGCGUGGAGGUGCAAUGUCAGGGCUCGGCUCCAACAAUUUCAAUAGACAAUACAUCAGGCUGCCAACUGUACUUGAGCAAAGAUGCCUUAGAGGCUUCUAUUACAACUGCAAAGUCAAGUGAAAUCAAUGUCUUGGUACCUGGUUCCAAACCAGAUGAUGAUUGGGUUGAGCAAGCUUUGCCACAACAGUAUGUCCAUGUAUACAAGGAUGGCCAAUUUGUGACGAGCCCCGUGUCUCACUCUGGCGCCUAGUGAGGGAAAAUUUUGAAAGCCACAAUAUUGACCUUUACUUUUUAUAAGGUUGGUCCGUUUGUCUGAAAUCUUUUUUCUUGUUUUAUCCGGCUGAUUGAUUCAUAUUUUAUCCGUCUGGAAAUAUUUUUUUCUGCUCUAUAGAAUUGUUGUAUUGUGCCUUGCUCUGUUGGUAGCUUAGAUGGGCUACCUAUUUAUUUAUUGUGAGUGAGAGUUUGGGUUUGUUUGUACUUUGUGUAAGACUUCAAUUUUCUUUGUGAUGUAUUUUCUGUGAACUUCUGAUACAGAUUUACAUGUUUAACUUCCGUGUUUUAUGAGAUUUAUCAUUAUGACAAUCUUUUGAGGGAGGAUAUUAGUUUUUGAUGGC